AUUUGAUCAGCUUCUGGGGAUCCGCACGAUCGUCGCCCAUCAGUUACCCGCCGCGUUGCACUGUGCACAGCAGAAGGUCGGAGCCGUUGCUACUUAACCCCUUGCGUCUGCCAUGAGCCCCCCAGGCUCCCACUUUGAUGCGGAGGACUGGCCUCUUCCGCUCUCCGUGUCUCGACGCGAAAGCACAGUCUCCUCCUCUACGAACUCUUCCACUCCCAGCUUUGGCACCUCGCCUCCAUUCCUUCCUCCCCUCAGCCGCACGGCGUCCUCGAUUGGAUCCCGGUCGAGGCAGGCUUCGUGCUUCUCUUUGUACGACGACAUUUGCCGUUUACCGCUAAACAAUUCUGUGACCAUCUCCUUCGUUCGAAGUAACAAGCUCUUCAAAUUACGCUACACCUACAUUGAUAUCCGCAAGGAUGCCACCGGCAGUUUAAAAAGCCUUGAACUGGGUGGAGGGCCGGGUCAGCAGACGCCUCUAGUCCAUACCUUCAACGACACAAAGCUUCCAGUCCCUCACCUCGAGCAUCCUAAACUCCCGAAUGAGCCAUCGCUUCGUAUUUCCUUCAUGGACGAACAAACUGUUCAAUCAGCUCAAACUGUGUUUCUCGCGCAAAUUUCCUAUACCUUUGAAGACUGGAAAGAUUGCGUGCAAUUUCAGGAACUGAUACUGGGCUCGAGAUUGGUCUUCAUUGCGGGCAUUGCAGAGGCUAAAUCCAAAGGGAGAGGAGAAGAGUGCAUCAGCCAGAACCUUCGCAUCCUACGUGGCCAUAACGGGAAACAGGUCAUCCUAUUCUUUGCCAACUCCCAACGCAAAGAGCUGAAGCGCUAUGUUUCCAUCCCGGUCACCUGCAUCGACAGCUUCAAUCCGGGCAAGAAGGCGGGAAAGCCAGUGGUUCUCCAGUUACAGCCCAACUUUGACAUUCUCUCGCAGAUGAAGACAUUAUCCAUCCAGUUUCUUGACGACUCGGACCGAAAAGAAUUCUGUCGAUUUCUCACCGAGCACACCACAUAACUUAAUACCCUUCAUAGAUUUGGACAUGAUACCCAUAGCAAGCGGGCUGGGAAUUGGCACAGCAUCUAGUUCGAUUGCACGAGCUCGCAGCAAGGAGUUUGGUUGGCGUUGGUACGGAGGAUUGCACAUUGCUUUUUU